GCAAAAACACCCAAAUCAGAAAGACUGAAACCCUCUCUUUCAUCGCUCCGAAGCUCGACGGACUUCGCCCACCAACUCGUCUGAUCACCGGGCUCUAGCCCUUCCUUGCGGACUCAUCAAUUCAUCACGGGUUUAAGAUCAUCCGGGAGUUGAUGCUCACGGCUGUGAGAUGGCUAAUCCUCAGAACGUGGAGCUGGAAGCAGCCAAGUUUCUGCAUAAACUCAUCCAGGAGUCUAAGGAUGAGCCUUCCAAACUGGCUACAAAGCUCUAUGUGAUUUUGCAGCACAUGAGGUCUAGUGGGAAAGAAAAUUCCAUGCCUUAUCAAGUCAUAUCGAGGGCAAUGGAAACUGUUAUCAAAGAACACAAUAUUGAUAUUGAAACUUUAAUGUCGUCGCGCCUGCCUCUGGCAGCUGGAGCUCAAGAUGGAGAUACUGGAUCACAACAAUUAGCUGGAUCUUCCCAGCGAGCUGGGACUGCUAAAGACUCUAAAUCUGGGAAUGAGAUUGAGACACCGGAAACAUAUGCAUUAGCUAGGACACCUAGUGGUCCAGUAAGUGGUGGGCAAGACGCGUAUCAAGGUUCUACAGCUCAUAUAGGUGGUGUUGGGGUCAAGGUUCAUGGGGUUCCUUCUGGUGCUCCAGGGUCUUAUUUAACAGGAGACUCAACAAAUAGGAUGGAGUUUGCUAACUCUUCCUUUGAUGGUCAGAGCCUUGCGGCCAAGAUGUCCAAGGACAGAAGUGUGGAAGCCUUUGGUGACCAUUCUACUGGAAAAAUAGCUGCUGGUGGAUCUAGUCUAGUAACAAAUGCAAAUAUGAGUUCUUUCCAGGGCAGUAUAGCAGAGCAAAACAUGACCAGAAAUGCUGGUCCCAGGGAUACUGGGAAAUCUCCAGUUCCUCAGACUUCCAAUGCAGGCCUUCCGUUUAAGGAACAGCAAUUAAAACAACUCAGAGCGCAGUGCCUUGUUUUUUUGGCUUUUAGAAAUGGAUUAAUGCCGAAGAAACUUCAUCUUGAAAUUGCUCUUGGGGACAUAUAUUCUAAAGAAGAUGGGACCCGCAGAGAUCUCCUUGAUCAGAAAGGGAAGGAGCAGCUAGUUCAUGACACAAGCGCUGUUCCAGAAGCCCCAAGGUCGACUGAAAGGCCAGAUAGAAGCAACUCUAACCCCCCUCACUUGGAUCCUAAUUCAACAAAAGAAUCUGAUUCUGUGAAGUUUCCAGAUGGAAGAAUUAAUCAACCUGUUGUUCCAGUUGAAAAUGAACAGGAUGGCAAUUGUUCAGUGUCAAGAGGGAAAACCGAUAUUGAAAUUACAAGAGAGGAUGCUAUAAAAUCACAUGCAUCACAUGAUUCAAGUAUAAGGGAAUCAUAUAGCUGUGAUCACGAGGAUGAUUUGGGGAACCGCCGCCAGCGCAAAUCCAUAUCCUCUGCAGUUAUGACCCCUUCUGAACAAUCAAUGCUCGAGGAUAGUGGUCCAUCUGUAGAUGGUUUUGCUAACGAUAUUACCAAUGCACCAGUGCCUACCACUUUUUUUACUAAUGAUGGGGUGCUACAAAGACCAGAAGAUAGCGCUAGUCAUGCACAGAAUUCGAUGGAUUGCAAUAAUCCAGGGAAGUCUUACUCUGACAAGAAGUAUUCAAGUUUACUGCUAAAGGACAAGUGGAAGCCUGCCUCAGGAAUGAGUGGCCAAAACUACCCUGCCAUGGCAGUUAAGGAUUCCAAUGUAACUGUUAGAAACUUUUAUCAAGAGACAGACCAGGAAGAGGGUUAUCCUUCAAAGUCUACGAACAGGCAACCUUCACCGAAGCAUACAACUGUAGAAAAAUGGAUCAUGGGCCGGCAGAAAAGGAAAGUCUUUGCUGAGCACAACUGGGCUAAAAAACAGCAGAAGACAUCACAAAAAAUCAGUGGUUGUUCUGAUAGGCUAAAGGACGCUGUGAGCUCUUCUGAAGAUAUUUCUGCGAAGACGAAAAGUGUAAUUGAAUUAAAAAAGCUUCAGUUGCUAGAAUUGCAGCGACGUCUUCGGAGCGACAUCUUGAAUGAUUUUUUUAAACCAAUAGCAAGUGAAAUGGAUAGAUUGAAAUCAAUUAAGAAGCACAGGAUUGGAAGGAGAUCAAAACAAUUUGAAAGAUAUGAGCAGAAAAUGAAGGAGGAGCGACAUAGGAGAAUUAAGGAAAGGCAGAAGGAAUUCUUUAGUGAGAUAGAAGUUCACAGAGAAAGACUAGAAAACGGUUUUAAAGUAAAGAGAGAGUGCUGUAAAGGAUUCAAUAGAUAUGUAAGGGAGUUCCACAAGAGGAAGGAAAGAUUUCAUCGUGAGAAGAUAGAUAGAAUCCAGCGUGAAAAGAUUAAUUUAUUGAAAAUUAACGACGUUGAAGGAUAUCUUCGCAUGGUUCAGGAUGCAAAAUCUGAUCGAGUUAAUAAACUGCUAAAAGAGACUGAGAAAUAUCUGCAAAAACUUGGGUCCAAAUUGAAGGAUGCUAAGGUAAUGGCCGGACAGUUUGGGACUGAUAUUGAGGCGAAUAAGGGUGGUACCAUUGAGGAGAGUGAAGAUGUUGAGAAUGAAGAUGAAAAGGAUCAGGCCAAGCACUAUUUGGAAAGCAAUGAGAAAUACUACACGAUGGCACAUAGUGUGAAAGAGCACAUUACUGACCAACCAACUGGGUUGAUUGGGGGAAUACUAAGGGAGUACCAAAUGAAUGGGCUUAGAUGGCUGGUUUCUCUUUAUAAUAACCAUUUGAAUGGCAUACUAGCAGAUGAAAUGGGCUUGGGAAAAACGGUUCAGGUCAUAUCUCUUAUUUGCUACUUAAUGGAAAAUAAGAAUGACAGAGGACCUUUUCUAGUAGUUGUACCAUCUUCUGUGCUACCUGGAUGGGAAUUGGAGAUCACUACCUGGGCUCCUAGUAUCCACAAAAUUGUUUAUUGUGGCCCCCCUGAGGAGCGUCGGAGGCUAUUUAAGGAACAAAUUGUUCAUCAAAAAUUUAAUGUUCUUCUGACAACAUAUGAAUAUUUGAUGAACAAACAUGAUCGUCCAAAAUUGAGUAAAAUACAGUGGCAUUAUAUAAUUAUUGAUGAAGGUCAUCGCAUUAAGAAUGCUUCCUGCAAGUUAAAUGCUGAUUUGAAACAUUAUCGCAGCAAUCACAGAAUACUUUUGACCGGAACUCCCUUGCAGAAUAAUCUUGAAGAACUCUGGGCAUUGCUCAAUUUCUUGUUGCCAAACAUCUUUAACUCAUCUGAAGAUUUUUCUCAAUGGUUUAAUAAACCAUUUGAGAGUAAUGGUGACAGUACCACAGAUGAAGCCUUACUUUCUGAAGAGGAGAAUCUUUUGAUAAUAAAUCGUCUUCACCAAGUUCUGCGGCCAUUUGUACUUCGAAGAUUAAAACACAAGGUAGAGAAUCAAUUACCUGAGAAGAUUGAAAGACUAAUUAGAUGUGAGGCUUCUGCAUAUCAGAAGUUAUUGAUGAAGAGAGUUGAAGAGAAUCUUGGUGCCAUUGGAACUUCAAAGGCUCGCUCUGUGCACAACUCUGUGAUGGAGCUACGGAAUAUAUGCAACCACCCAUAUCUUAGCCAACUUCAUGUGGAGGAGGUUCAUGACCUAGUUCCAAAGCAUUACCUUCCAAACAUUAUCAGACUUUGUGGGAAACUUGAGAUGUUGGAUAGGUUAUUACCUAAACUAAAGGCAACUGAUCACAGAGUUCUUUUUUUUUCGACAAUGACUAGACUACUUGAUGUUAUGGAGGACUAUCUUUGCUGGAAACAGUAUAAAUACCUUCGAUUGGAUGGACAUACAUCUGGUGGUGAUCGGGGUGGCCUCAUCGAGAAGUUCAAUAAUCCUAGCUCUCCGUACUUUAUAUUUUUACUCAGUAUCCGAGCUGGAGGAGUUGGUGUGAAUCUCCAAGCUGCUGAUACAGUCAUUAUCUUUGAUACAGAUUGGAAUCCCCAGGUGGAUUUGCAAGCACAGGCCAGGGCUCAUAGGAUUGGGCAAAAGAAAGAUGUUCUUGUUCUUCGUUUAGAAACUGUCCAAACUGUGGAGGAGCAAGUUAGAGCUUCUGCUGAGCACAAACUUGGGGUUGCUAAUCAGAGUAUAACUGCGGGAUUUUUUGACAAUAAUACGAGUGCGGAGGAUCGAAGGGAAUACUUAGAGUCUCUCUUGCGGGAGUGCAAGAAAGAGGAAGUUGCACCUGUUCUGGACGAUGAUUCCCUUAAUGACAUUAUAGCGCGCAGUGAAGAGGAAAUUGAUAUCUUUGAAUCAGUUGACAAACAGAGGCGCGCAGAUGAAAUGGUUGUGUGGCAAAAUUUGUGUGGUGUGAAAGGGUCAGAUAAAAGCAAGCUUAUACCUCAAUUGCCUUCUCGGCUCAUAACAGACGAUGACUUAAAAUCAUUUUAUGAAGUGAUGAAGAUCUCUGAAACAACAACUCCCGUUGUAUUACCUGAUUCAGGGAUGAAGAGGAAAAGUGGGUAUCUUGGAGGUCUUGAUACCCAUCAGUAUGGAAGAGGCAAACGUGCUAGAGAGGUUCGUUCGUAUGAAGAGCAAUGGACUGAAGAAGAAUUUGAAAGACUGUGUCAGGUUGAAUCUCCAAAUUCUCCCACAAUGAAGGAAGAAGUUACUAGAAAAACAAUGGCAGUCACUACAAACAGUGCAGUCGUAGUCAAGGGUGAGAUGCAGGCACCGGCUGUCCCUCAACUUCCUCCACUUCCUUCGCUUCCUCAACAUCCAACUGUGGAGCCUCUGGCCGAACAGAACAAAGAGGCUACACCACCAUCUAAAAGAGGGCGUGGCAGGCCAAAAAGAGUGGUUGAAGUUUCUCCACCAGUUACUUCUCCUGGACUAUUGGGACCUGUGAAAACUGAAGAAAUUUCCAAAGUUGAAAGUAUGCCUGUAGAACCUGUUCCUGAUUCUAUGGUCUGCGCUACUGAUGUUGGAAGUAUCACUGGGAGCUCAAAAGAGUUGAAGUUGCCUGCUACUCUGAACUCCGGGCCACCUCUUCCCCCUUCUCUCAUUCCUGCUUCACCCCCAUCAUCUGGUCGAGGUAGAGGACGUGGUCGGAAGUCUCAGACAGGUGGAGAAGCUCCUGCUCCCAGACGCCGAGGCAAAAGACAGACUACAGCAUUACAAGCAGCUCAAAUAUCUUCAUUGCCACUUGUUACUGAUAAUCCAUCUGUUGAAAUAAAAGGAGAACCUGCCCCAAGCUCAGCUAUCACUACCAGUUGUGCCGCUGUCUCUGUCACUAGCAUUACAAAAGAAGUGGGCUCUGAACCGGAUUCUGUGUCACCUUCUCCAGUGGUUCCAUCAGUUUCUGGUCCUAGCAAUUCAGAUGUGGAGCCCCAUAAAGAAGUUACACCUAACUCUUUAAUGGCUUCUGAUAGUACUUUUACUGGCUCCGUCGCUGUAGCUAGUGUAAAUCAGGCAGAUCCAGACAUUGUGCGCACUUCAAAUCCUGAAGCUACACCUCCCCCACAGCCUAUUAGCGCUUCUCUCUCUGUAACAACGGUGGGUAGAGGUAGAGGGCGAGGGCGGGGGCGAGGGCGAGGGCAGAAUGCUCAAAGUCGCGAAGAGGCACCGCAACGAAGGCGAAGAAGGCAGGAGCCCAUACCAUCCACUGUUUCUGGUGCAUUAACUAGUCAGGACUCAGAGCCAUGUGAACCUCAACCGAAAAGAACUCGGGCUUCUGUUGGACGGAAAGACACCGUACGGCGUGAGAAGGUUCAGGAAGUGACUAAUGCAAGUCAAUUUGCUGAACAGGGUAUUCAAGAUUCUCUGGUCGAACGAGUUACUAAGGAUACAGAGAUUGGUCCAGGCAAGUUACAAAACCCUCCUAAGGAACAAGAUGCAAAUGAAAAAUCAAGUGAGGAUCACAGGAAUGAAGUCCUUGCUUCAAAAUCUAACCCAUCUGAUGAUUUAACAUCAAUUUCGAUGCCUGAUCCAACAGGUGGAGCGCCUAGUUCUCUGGUUCCCAAGUCUGCAGAGGACAAGACAGAAUCUUCUAGUAAAGAACUUGAUUCAACAGCUGGAGCGCCUAGUUCUCUGGUUCCCAACUCUGCAGAGGACAAGACAGAAUCUUCUAGUAAAGAACUUGAUUCAACAGCUGGAGCGCCUAGUUCUCUGGUUCCCAACUCUGCAGAGGACAACACAGAAUCUUCUAGUAAAGAACUUGAUUCACCAGCUGGAGCGCCUAGUUCUCUGGUUCCCAAGUCUGCAGAGGACAAUGUAGAAUCUUGUAGUAAAGAACUUGAUAUUAAGGAGCCCUGUGGGGAUGAUAUUUCUAUUGUCUCAGUUCUUGUGCCACCACAGACCGAUGUUAAUUGUGGAACAUCUGGAGGGUCCCAAUCCUUAGUAGGCGCAAAUAUCAACUCUCCUGUGAUUGACAAAGAUGAAUCUGGAAAAGUUUUAGAGGAUGAACAUGAAACCAAUAUUACUGAUGAAUUACCGGGAAAAGUUCUAGUGAAUGAACAUGAAACCAAUACUCCUGACGAAGUAUCUGGAAAAGUUGCCGUGAAUGAAUGUGAAAGCAGUACUCCUGAAGUAGGCGCAAAUGUCAACUCUCCUGUGACCGACAAAGAUGAAUCUGGACAAGUUCUAGAGGAUGAACAUGAAAGCAAUGUUACAGAUGAAGUACCCGGAAAAGUUGUAGUGAAUGAACAUGAAACCAAUACUGCUGAUGAAGUAUCUGGAGAAGUUGUUGUGAAUGAAUGUGAAACCAGUACUCCUGAUGAAGUAGGUGCAAAUGUCAACUCUCAUGUGACUGACAAAGAUGAAUCUGGAAAGGUUGUAGAGGAUGAACAUGAAACCAAUGUUACAGAUGAAGUACCAGGAAAAGUUGUAGUGAAUGAACAUGGAACCAAUACUGCUGAUGAAGUAUCUGGAGAAGUUGUUGUUAAUGAAUGUGAAACCAGUACUCCUGAUGAAGUAGGCGCAAAUGUCAACUCUCAUGUGACCGACCAAGAUGAAUCUGGAAAGGUUGUAGAGGAUGAAAAUGAAACCAAUAUUACUGAUGAGGUACCAGGACAAGUUGUAGUGAAUGAACAUGAAACCAAUAUUACUGAUGAAGUAUCUGGAAAAGUUGUAGUGAAUGAAUUUGAAACCAGUACUCCUGAUGAAGUACCUGUUUCUACCACCGCUGAAGUUCAUGUGGAUCAUUCUGCUAUAACGGCUAUGGAAAAAGUCUGCACUGAAUCAAACUCGGCCUCACCUGCCGCUAUGCUAUCGUCAGCACUGUGCCCAAUUGAUAUUGGUGUGGGAUCAGAACAAGGCAUCACAGUGAGCUCCUUAACGGCUUCUACUCAUGCUUCAACUGAUCCAAUGGCUGCGGCAAGUUCUGACCGACUGGAUCCUGACAUUUUGUCCUUGUCGAGUGUCCAAGCUACGGAGGAAGAUGUUUCAGAGCCUUCUGCAGGGCAAGUUCCAGAGGAUAUUUCUGCAGGCGCUACUUUAGAUACAGAGACUGGUGCAGCCAAGUUACAAAACCCUCCUCAGGAGCAAGAUGCAAAUUUUAAACCAAGUAACGAUCACAGGAAUGAAGUAAUUGCUUCAACAUCUAACAUAUCUGAUAAUUUUCCACCACUUUUGAUGCACGAUCCAGCAGCAGAUGGAGCGUGUAGUUCUCUGGUUCCCAAGUCUGCAGAGCAAAAUGUAGAAUCUUGUGGUAAAGAACUUGAUAUUAAGGAGCCUUGUGAAGAUGGCUCUAUUGUCUCUGUUCUCGUUCUACCACAGAGCUAUAUUCAUUGUGCAACAUCUGGAGGUUCACAAUCCUUGGUAGGCACAAAUAUUAACUCUGCCGUGAUUGACAAAGAUCAAGGCUUGCAUAGUGGUGUUUCUGCGGCUGCUACUGCAACAUCUGGAUCAAUGCCUCUUGGUGAUGGGAUUGACAAGUUGGAUCCUGCAUGUCAAAGCAAAGAUGAUAGAAUUUUUAGUCCUACCAAUAACCCUAACUUGGAUGAAUAUCCUGCAUCAGAUAACGUAUCAAAAGGACCAGCUGAUUAUAAUCCCACAGAUUCAAUUCCUGAGUUACCUAAUCAUACAGAUACUCUGGUACCAUCUGAAUAUACCCAGUCUUUGCCUGUGUCUGAUAGCAACUCCAUCAACACAGGCGAAUGCCAACAUUUACAAAAUGCAGAGAUUCAGCUUGCAUCAGCUGUUGAUCCUGAUGAAGUACCAGAAGAAGACUCUGGAAAGUCAAAUUCAAUUUCUGGGAUAAUAAAAAUCACAGAUGAUGAAUCUGGAAAAGGUAUAGUGGAUGAACAUGGAACCAGUACUCCUGAUGAAGUACCAGGAAAAGUUGUAGUGAACGAACAUGCCACUAAUACUCCCGAUGAAGUACCUGGAGAAGUUGUAAUAAAUGAACGUGAAACCAGUCCUCCUGAUGAAGUACCUGUUUCUACCUCUGACUUUCAUGUGGAUCAUUCUGCUAUCACGGCAAUAGAAGAAGUCCGCACUGAACUAGACUCAGAAAAAGGAAUCCCGAUGAGCUCCUUAACGGCUUCUGCUCAUGCUUCAACCAAUCCAAUGGCUGUGGCACGUUCUGAUCAACUAGCUCCUGUUACGUUGUGCACGUCGAGUGCCCUAGCUACUGAAAAAGAUAUUUCAGAGCCUUCUGCAGGGCAAGUUCCCGAGGGCCGUGUUAAAGAUGCAGACAUUGAUGAGGCGAAGCUAGAGGAUCCAAUUCAGGAAAAGGUUACAGUGGAAACAGAUGGCCGUGCCAAAGAUGCAGGCAUUGAUGAGGUGAAGCUAGAGGAUCCAAUUCAGGAAAAAGAUACAGUGGAUGGCUAUGCCAAAGAUGCAGGCAUUGAUGUGGCAAAGCUAGAGGAUCCAAUUCAGGAAAAAGAUACAAUGGAAAAAGAUGGUGUGGAUGCAGGCCAUGCCAACGAUGCAGGCAUUGAUGUGGCGAAGCUAGAGGGUCCGAUUCAGGAAAAAGAUACAGUGGAAAAGGAUGGUGUGGAUGCAGGCCAUGCCAACGAUGCAGGCAUUGAUGUGGCGAAGCUAGAGGAUCCAAUUCAGGAAAAAGAUACAGUGGAAAAAGAUGGUGUGGAUGCAGGCCAAGCCAACGAUGCAGGCAUUGAUGUGGCGAAGCUAGAGGAUCCAAUUCAGGAAAAAGAUACAGUGGAUGACUAUCUGCAGGAAAAUGUGAAGAGCCUGGAAUUGGAACCCAACAUGAUGGUGGGGAUCAUUGUGGAGUUAGUCCUUCGGUUUCAACUAUGCUUUCUCAAAGUGAUGACAACAAUCAUGGAACAGCUGAGGAUUCACAAUGCUGGCCAGAAACGCAUAACGACUCUGAGGACUUGGAAGAAAACCAGAGUACUGCUGAAGCUGCGGAAAUACUUGCACCAACAUCACUUCCUGACCAGUUUGAUUCUCCCAGCGGAAAGGAAGAUGCCAAUAAAACUUCUAGUGAGAAAAACCCCUGAUAUGGAUGUGUUGUAGUAGCAUUUUAAUGUCUAAGUUUGAAUAUUUAUAUCUGACCCUAAUUCUCCCAUAUAUAUGUUGGGUGUCGCUUGUAUUAUGCAUAUUUGCUCAAUGGAACAGUAAAUCUAUGGUUGUUGAUGGAA